AUGGCGGAUGCGCUAUGUGGUCCUUCCAACGCUCUUCAGAGCUUCCAAAAGCAUACAUCUGUAGAUAGGACCCUGCAGCAAGACCGAAUACUUUCGCGCCACUCGCCUGCUCAGGGCUUCCGAUCUCAAAAUCAUAAUGAAGGCGCCCUAGACCCAGAAUUCAACGCCUUUGAAGCAGGUGUACCGGGCGUUCAUAUUUCUGAUGUCCAACAUCCAGCAUCGUUUUUACAACCCGCGCCGCAACACCCGACUUUUAAUCACACGGCAAAUUCUGGAUGGGCAUCGGAUUUUCAAAACCUGCAAAUAUCGGGCCCGGCACAACGUGUACACCAACAGCAGUUUCGUCCGGAAUCCUCUUCUAGUGGUUGGCAGAAUGAAUUUAUGCAACACGCGCAUCAGAUACCCCAAACACAAACACACCAACCGCAAAUAUCUCAGGCACCCCUUAGAUAUGGUCCAGCUAUAGGGGGGAUGGGAUUUGGUGGCAUGAACGACCACCUGAUGUAUCAAGAUGCAUCCCAGUCACAUUUUCAAGAACAUAAGGAGGAAGCAAUAUUUGACGAAUCUGCUUUUGAGACCGCUUUUGCGGAAGCCCGAGCGGAGAUUGAGCUUCAAGAACAGCAGUUGCAGAACGGAGAAGUCACAGAGCGAACUGAGAUUCAGCAGACGAUUAGAAUAGGCGCAGAUAGUAUCCAACCCCAAGUUGACGGGACGAAUGAUUCGGAUGAGCUUGCAAGGACAGCGGGACAAUUGCUCGACAGCGUCAGCCACGACCAGAGCCAGAAAUUCAAAGAAAGCAACUUUCUGUCCCUGAUGCGACAACUCCGCGAUCGCGAAGUCACCGUUGACGGCGACGAAUUCCGCCAAAUGGCGCAGCCGCUACAUCCUGGUGGUCAAUAUUAUCCAGAGCGGAAAAAGACCCAACAACUUGAUGCCCGAGAUACUACCACUACUACCACUCCACCUAGCACCACUAACGAAGUCAACAGCGGGAUCAACCCGGCGAAGGAUUUUGAACAACCUGCCACUUCGUAUCCAAAAUCAAGGUCUUUUGGAAUACCCAACACGGUGACGCAAGGAUUGGAAGUCGGAUUCACGAAGAUUCAGCAUAGCUUUAAGCCUCAACUCGGUCCAUUGAGUUCCAUCUCAACUCCGACAACAACCAACAUCACCACCACCAUCACCACAUCUCUAUCACCGCCGACUUCUCCUCUUCACCACGACAGAUUCAUUCAGUUUCUAAUUAUACCUACUCGACCCACCGAUUAUCCCAUAGAGCUCCAAUUUUCCUACGACUUGGGGUACCCCUUGCUUGCCCAACCCAGCCUCCAUGCUUUCACCUUCCAUAUCUCCUUUGCUCCUUGGGUCCCAUUAGACUGGCAUUGCUAUCUUAUCUCGAUUUCUACGUUGCUUUUGCCUUCCGACCCAGACUCCUACUAUCCCACUCAAGACCCAUCAAGCUCGCCCAACACGGCGCAGCCAUCUAAUUCACACCACGCGGCACUCACCGUGGAGAACGACGACGAUUCAUACACUGCUCCUCCUCCUCACUCACCAAGCUCGGCCUCUUCCUCGAGCGCACCCUUUGCUCUUCCCUCUCCCUCAUCCUACCCACCACCUUUCUCAUCCCUUUACUCCAACCCGGACGACGACGAGGGGCUCGAUCGCACCCAGGCAUCCGUCACAGAAUCUGGUGGUUCACCAUUUAUCCCAGCAUUCGCUCCAGCACCCCCAUUCAAAGAAACCUCCCCCUCGCCUGCGCAAUCGCCUGUUGUCUUAGAUACCAAAGCCGCACUUUCGCGGGAUAAGACAGGAGAAGCAUCGGGCAAAGGCCUAGACGACGGAGAGCCGCCACCGCCGUAUACUGAAGGGUAUUCACCGCUCCAGUCCUUUACCUACGUCAUGGCCGCGGCCGGAGGAGCUGCGUCUAUAAUUACGCAGGUACAGCAGACAGGUGGAGGCCCAUUGAAUACACUUGGAGAUAUUGGGGGCGAUGAGCAUAUCACGUUAGAUUUACGUGGUACUCGGUUUACGCUGUCGCGCGAUGAACUACUCACUCUACCAGAAUUCGUUCUUCUUUCCUUAUUCCCGAAUGGUCUCCUUCCUGAUGGACAUAUGGGGACAUUCCAUGAAGGCGAUGUAUACCCCGUCGACUACGACCCCGCCUCUCUUCAAUACAUGCUAGAUUUUUUCCGCUCUGUAGCGCAAUCGAUUCCUUCAUCCUCGCCGUCCCCAACCACGUCCCCUGAAGGAGAUUACGCUAUCGAUCCAAUGCAUGGGUCUCCAAGGGAUAUGCUGCGGGAUCGGGCGGGCAUCAUUGUGCUUCGCGAAGACCUUGACUUCUACGCAAUCCCGCCCGUAGUCGAUAUUGACCACCCGGAAAUGAUCGAGGUGAAGCGAGCUGCCGGAAGAGCCUUGUUGAAACAAGAUGGGAUCUUUUCAGGACUCCGAAAAAGCGAUGAACCCGGAUCGACUGAGCAGCAUCUCAUUGAGAUGUUAACCGCUGGCGGUUUCAACCAUGAUGAUCGAUGGGGCCACCGUGCCGGCGAACCGAACAAAGCUGUAAUUUGUAGUUUGGCACUGGCGAAGCUCCGGGCUGAUAUACGAGGCGACUUGACCAAUAAUAGCCCCUUCGGGAUGGAGCAGAAACUUCUCCUUUUUUGGCGGAAGCCGGCGCGAAGGUGCUGGUGGGAAGGUGUGGAGCUUGAGGGCGUGGAGGGAGUCGAGGGGAAGCUCAAGGUUUGGAUUCGGAGAGUGUGGACGCUUGAAAUGAGCGUCAUUGGACUGCGUUGA